AUGGACCAGAAUGUCACCUAUGCAGAACUCAACUUGGUGCAGAAAGUUCAACCACACCAGGCCAACAGCGGCAAGGAAGCAGGCCCCAUUUAUGCAGAACUGAAGAACCAAGCCCCACCCUCACAGUCUCCACAGAUCUCCUCUGACCAUGGAAACCUUUAUCAGGAACUGAAUAUCGAUGAUGGAGGCAAGUCCCACACCAAGCCAGGCUGGCGGUUCAGUGCCUGGGCCUGGAUCCUGGCUGGGAUCGUCGGGGUCCUGUUAGUGUCAGUGACCGUGACCUUGCUUGUGAAAUCUCUCCCGAACUCCCAGAACCAGACAUCUGCCACCAGCCCCAACUCCACCAAUAUGACCAACAUGACCUCCUGGACCCCGCAAACUAUCCAGACCACCUGGACCUCCCAGCGCCCCCCGACCACCCAGACUUCAGACUCCACCCCAGGAGCCACGGCCUUGACCUGCAGUGCAGAAGGCUGGGAGGCCUUUGGGGAAAGCUGCUAUCUCAUCCCCAAGGCCUCACAAGAUUGUAGGGCCGAACAACACAGAUGUGAAGAACACUUGGACUGUGACCAGGAGAAAAGUUGGACCUGGAACGGCAGCCAACAGGAAUGUUCCCACUUCGGGGCUGACCUUGUGACCAUCAGUGGCAGACUGGAACUGGAGUUUCUCCGCAACAGAACAAGAUUAUCGGGAUGUUAUUACUUCAUCGGUCUCAAAAGAAUCCAUGACCAGUGGCGAUGGAUCAAUGACAAGCCUCUGAUAGAGAGCAGAGUGCCGCUGGUCAAUAGAGAUAGUUACAAAACGAGUGACUAUCAUUGUGCUGUGAUUGGCCAUAGGAACGUGUCAACAGCACCAUGUCAUGACAAAAAUCUCUGGAUCUGCGAGAAGGGAGCCGGUGGUCGGAGCCGCCCAAAGUCACAGACUCAAGCCGGGGGAGCUUGA